CUUCUUACCUCCCCCAUGCUUGACCUGCUGAAGUAGUCCACGCAUCUGCCCACGAGGAGCUGUCCUUGGUACUGACCACUUGAGAGCCUCUUUGGCUUCUUCAAGGUGCUGGAAGACUGGCAGGAGUCAAGGUCCCACUUGGUCUCGAGGCCGCAACGAUCAAGGUAGUGUGGGUACCGCGUUCCUUGCCUGCAGGCACGCACGGAAGGGCUAGGCAGAGAAGUCUGGCAUCUCAGCCGCUCUUCUUACCUUUGCUUGGGUCCCUGGUCUGCAAGCUAGCCAGGGAGAGCUUGCAUUUCUCAACACUAGGUAGCUAGCCAGUCAGGCACCCCAAGCAGACGUGCGGGCGGAAGAGGGAAUCUCAUACCAUGUCUGGCUAUUCUGCCUUUGGUCCCAGAGGAGCCUCCACUAGCUACCAAGGCGAAUCUUCAGGCUUGGGUGACUAUGAUUUCUUGCCGCCACAAGAAGAGGAGGAGGGCGAGGAGCUAGUGGAGAGAGAUAGAGGUGGUCAUGUCAUUGCUGAGAGAAGGACGGAGCAGCGACAGCAGUCGAAGCAGCCACGGCAAAAGUCUCAAGCUGCCGAAGGCCAUACAGAGGAGGAAAGAGCAAGGAUCGCUGCAGUGGAGAUCCUGCCAAUGAUCCUCGCCAAUCCUCCGAGCAUACCUGCCGCAAUGAAGAGCAGUGAGCUGAACCAACGGCAUACUCUCCUGCGAAUUAGCCCUCAUGACCACGAUGACUAUCUGGUCACCGCAGGACCCGCCACUCAGCCAGAUACCUCCACAAGGGUGAUCAAUGCCCUCGAGGAGCUCAAGGGACACGUCGAGGAGCUAGCCGGCGCUUAUUCCACAUCCCAGGGUGCUUUAGACAGCAUCAUCCAAUUUGUCCAAUGGCAAAGCCCAGAGGAGGGUAUCCUCCUCGCCUCGGUCGGUCUUAGCUGUGGAAGUACUAGAACUGACCCGCUCGCCAUAAUCCUCAAGAGGGAGGACAUCGACGAUGAGGUCGCGUGGAGGUUCCAUAAUCUUCUCCCCUUGGCAGCCGCGCCCGGCCAGUGGUACUCGAGUCUCGAUGCUGCGCUGGAAAGCAAGCCUAUGACUGCACCUACAGAGAGACGGCAAGAACAAGGGAUAUCAGGAAGUCUCUCCUUGCGUCAAGGUGAGACAGAGCAGGGGCAAUCCCCCUCCCCAGGCGCGAUACUCGGGUCAAUCAGCAAGACGGCUGCCGUCUCCGCUGCAGUAGCUGGCAGUUCCUCCUGCCAAAGCAUCACCACCGCCACUACCGACGAGGCAGGAGAUGAGGAAGGGAAGGACAAGAAGAUGCAAUACCUCUAUACCAAUGCGGAGGAUUUCUGGGGCGGCUGGGAGGGAGACGAAGAAAGGCCAGAUGGGAGCGAUGUGACAGUCGAAGCAGAUUGCGCCCCUGCUGAUGAGGCUAAGGAGGAGGAUGACUAUUGGGACUCAUACGGUACGUCAGGUGUUCCAGAAGAUGAUGAGCAGGAAUCAGGAGGAGGUGAUCCACUCGACUCGAGGGAUCUUGGCGCUACGGGCAUCGCCAGACCUGCAGUCCCAGCAUCGGUCGAUGCAGUCAAGCCCUCCAGCCACCCUACCACCGACUCCUCCAUCAUCGAGCAUCCUCCCUUCGUCCGGGCUUCGCAUCAGCCACCUCACGAAAGGCACGCCCGCACUCUUAUGCGCUCCCUAGUGGGGCUGGUACAGGAGGGCCCUGAGCCUGUGGGCGAGGAAGAAUUCCUGCGAUGGGCGAGGGAGGCAUUUAGGGAAGAUCAGCUGGAGAGGGAGAAAGCGACACGGGCAAUUGGUGGAAAGGGAUGAGGCGGGGCGAUCGAGGGAAGUGGGGGGAAUACUGAGGAUUGGACAUCAAACCUUCGAUGACAGGGAGGAUGAAUGAAUCUAUCAUACGUGUCACGUGCAACCAAUCAAGCUAUAGUACAUCCGUAGACCCAAGAACGCAACUACACAUCACGAAGCAGCACCUCCGCCACGACCUAGCAUCUUGGUCCAGUUGAAGGGUUCCCACUCCUUCUCGAAUCGGGCGAGCAACUCGCUCCCUGCUCGGUGAUCCAGUCGACGUGGUUUGCGCCAGGCGCGGGGCUCGAGGUCCAGGAGACUGCCGAUGACUUCCGCAG